GGGGCUGGGCGUGGCAGGCGAGGACGGGGGCCGCCUCUUCAGUGCUGGGGAGAUACCUGCCAGGGUCUUAAAGUACAGUGUCAACGUGUGGUUUGCGGAUGUAGCUGGUUGUGAAGAGGCCAGGCUGGAGAUGAUGGGAGUUUGUGAAUUUCCUGAAGAAUCCCAAGCAGUGUCAGGACUUAGGAGCCCAAAUUCCAAAGGUAUUGAUUUCAGAAAACAUGAUAAUGCUCUGAGCUCCAGGUCACAGUCCGAGAUCACCAUGGGUCACUGUGGACAGAUACGGGACAAUUGAGCGUUUUCUAGAGAUGGUGUAUUUUAUUAAUCAUGGGAAGUAGCAUUUGCCAGGGCAGAAUUGUGAAGAUCCUCUUAACUGAAACCUCUGUGAGUUUACUUUUUUGAACUAUGAGCUUGUGCAAUUAUAGGAACAGUCCCAUACCCAACUGAAGUGUGUUUGUGUUCACUUGAAGCACAAACAUUAUUGGCUUUUCAUUUAGAGGCCAGUCUGUCCGUCUAGUUUGGUUCCAGUGAUCAGAAUCUUUUGUUAAAUGUCCUGCAUAAACCACACGUUACCUAUAGUUUUGUUCUCUAAAUGAAGUGAGAACUUUGAAGCAGAGCAGUCUGAGUGUAGAACCGUGUAUUUUCUUAUGACAUUUUUCUUAGAGUUUUCUUUCCUACUCAAUUUGACAUUUUUUUUUAGCUGUUUGCCUUUAUUGCUUUAUUUUCCAAAGCUUUCAACUUAGUGUUUGAAGAAACAACCUUUUUUUAUUCCUGUUUUUUUUUUUUUUUAGUUCACACAAUGUUAAAUUACAUAAGUAAAAUAGAAGUACAGCUUGCAUAAACAGGUUUGGGAUCAGAUACAGCUGCCUUAUGGUGAGCCCUUGACCCUGCUCUGGACAGAGGGGUGGGGUGGGGUUGGUGUGGGUCAGGGUUGUUGUACAGCCAUUGUGAUUCUGGCUGCUGUGUGUUUCUGCUGGUGCCUCUUUGUGUCAUAGACCCUUUGAUGGCUUGACAAACUGCGAGUCCUUUCCCAGAAUGAUUUGCAUCUUAAAGGAAAUGGAGUCACAGACCCUUCAGUCAUCCCCGGGCUAUGUGGACCAGGCUAAGAGCGCCUGGUGUAGACCGCUCUUUGGACACAGACCCUUGUAGGAACCCUUGCUUUCUCCAGCUCCUCCCCGUAGUGUGGCCGCCACUAGACAGUUUGUUCUGAGCAACAGCAACAGGUGACAGACCGCUGUGAGCCUGGGGACUAGAGGGUAGGAGGUGCUGUCCUGUCUUACAGGCUGGGGAGUGUUUGCUGGAAAGCAUGUGUGUGCGACAGAGGUGCAGCUCGCCCUGGUGCUCCCUGCUGGAGAUUUGCCAGCACCCGGCCCAGCUGCUGGUCCCCUCGGCUUUAUGGCUUUGUGGUUGGGUGCCGCAGGGGGUGCCUCUCUUUGCUUCUUAGGAUGUCCAGCUGCUUGUACGUACUUGCAGAGUGGGUGUGAUAAGCGGUGUGGCGGUCAGGUCACCAAGAAGGGCCUCUCACCUGGAGUGCGCCCCUCCAGCAGCGUGUGGGCUUGAGGGAGGCGUCUCUGUCAUUCUGUGUGGUGCUGAGGACAUCAGGGCCCCCAUGGGUGUGGGCUCCCCCUGGGCGUAAAGACCUACAGUGGAUGUGGACACAUGUACCCUGGACUCUCAGUUGUGCGUGUGGUCACACGACUGGCAGAGAUGGAUUCAUGGCGCACCGUGACCUUAACCCACAUUCACGGGAACAUGGGGUCCAGCACCAUGUUGUGGAUCUGAGUUUUGUGACUCCUUCUCCCUACCUUUUCGUGAGUACUUUGUUGUUGUUUUUAAAGACUCAAGGAAAAAACACUGUAUGGUCUCCUCUGAGGUAACUAGAUGCUAACCCACACCCUUGACUGGAAAUGGGGCGGUAGAAAUUCCCUGCUUUAAAUUUCUUUUCAAUUUUCAGGUGUGAUGGUAAUCCAUAAAACGAACACCGAGGUGUGUUACCAGAGUGUGAAUUGGUGUCACUGUUUUGUAGAGCAGUUUGACGGCACCUGUCAGACAUUCAGACCCUUUGACCCAGCAAGCCCUGCCCUCGGGAGCUCUUGUGAAGACACGGCCUGCUUAGGUGGAUGGGCUUUCGUGUGUCUGUGGUAUUUGAGCUUUUUAUGGUGAACGUGGUUUAAUUUUCUAAGAAAAUGUUAGAAGGAGAACCUCGGACUAGAAGAAUGGUGCAUCAUCUCAUGGGAUUCUUGUUAGUGACGCCUGGAAGUCACCUGUUUAAAUCAGAAACGGGCCUGUCUUUGGGUCCCAUCUGUCCCCUUUAAGAGCCCGGCAUCACCUUUCUGUUUCAGGGAGCCAUGCCCACUGGUCUCCUGGCACUGGAGCUGCUUCUUGUCACAGCCACUGCGGGGAAGGCCAGUGUGCCUUUCAUCACUGUGAAUGGGUCAGAGUUCCUGGAAACAUUUGUCGGCAUUGGGCCAGCAAGGGAAACGAGGCCGAGGGCAUUUCGGAAGCCAGAGUGACCGGGAGAACACACUGAACCAGAUGCUUGUGGAGGGAUGGAUGGCGAGAUGCUGGUGGAGAAGCCGGCUAGUGAGGCCGCCGCCCAGCUCACUGAGGAGGAGGUGCAGUGCCUGUCGGCUCCACCUGUGAGCAGGCCCCGGCCCCGCUGACCGGCUGCUGAGAGCAGGUGGAAGAGGUGAGUGGGGCAGGUCCUGGGCUUGGGUUUGGGGCUUGCCUUCGCAGUGCCUGCUGUCCUGGGAGCGGCUGAGUGAUAGGCAGCUGUGAUUUCUAGGCGGGCAAGCGGCUGCUGGAGAAGGGCAGACAUGGUGAGUUGCUGGGGCGCCGGCCCUUUGCGGAGAAGCCCGCCUACAAGGAGUUUGUGAAAGGCACCAGCAGCCUGGAGGAGGACACCUCCCUUCCUGAGGGGCUGACGGCCUGGAACCAGGGGCGGGAGGAGGGGGCUGCAAAGCGCUGCGUGCAAGAGAGCCCAGCUUAGCAACCCUGGCUUUGAAAGCUGCUGCCAGAAUCACUGGGAAACACCUUAAAACCUGAUAAGGGCAAACGAGCAUUUUGGCUACCUAGAGGAUGGGGUCCCGAGUCAGAGGGGCGGGCCGUGAGCCGUAACUCCCCUGCCCCACAGGAAGCAGAAGGCACGCCUCUUCCUGGUGGAGCCUUGAGUUUAGACCUUCCUGGGCCUCCCUUGAGGGGAGGAGGGUGAUGGGUGGAUUUGGUGGGGAUAGGUGUGAGUGCUGGUGUCCUUAAUCGCCCCAAGGAGCAGAGGCUUUUGGCUCAGUUCAGAAAUUUCACGGUUUAGUGAAGUGGCAGAAUUAAGGGAAAAAGCAGCCAGUUACCAAGGGGAAGUGUUGGGUUUGGGUUGGUGGAAGGCCUGUCAGUGGUUCUGAAGGAAACGCCACACUUCCCACAGGUGCGUGGUUGGGGGGAGGGUCGUGGAGCCAUGGGGGGUCCUGAAGCCCACCCCGCCCCCAGCACCUGGGUGCUGCUCUGAGCUCUCGGGAGGCAGUCUCUCCGCCGAGGCCAGCACCCAUUCUCAGGGCAGACAGCUUUACUGACCAGGGUGUGUCUGGAUUUAAGUCCCUUCUCCAGCUGGCCGUGUUCCCUGUGACCCCCUUUUGUUAGAAUCACAGAGAGGGAGGGUCUGGACCGAGCUGGGGACCUGGGGGUUGUGUGCAGAGAGUCCUGCUGUCGCUGCCCCCGGUAACCCUCUUCCUGGUGUUUGGGCGGCUGCCAGACGAGAGGAAGGCCAAUUCUGGCUUGUGAGCUCUAGGCCUCUGUUGCCUUAGAUUGUCUGGUUGGUCUGAGAGCGCGGCAAGGGCCCAGCCCGGGGAGCUGGGGUCAGGACUGGAAGCCUGGGGUCAGUGGCAGCAUCCCUGCUUGCCUCCCAGAGUCCUUGGCACCACGACAGUAAAGGGGUGUCAGCCGCUGCCUCUCAGGGGGCGGGUGGAUGUCUGGGACCCCGGUGACACCUGCUUGCCUCCCAGCUGUUGCUCACGGCACCCCGGGUGUGGGGGUGGGGCGUCUCCACUUGCCACACGUGACCUCUGUUCUCUGCUUGGUCAAGACCAGACGCUGGGAUUUGGUUUAAAAAUUUCUGAAUCAUUUGUUGUGUUUGCUUCAAAAAUAGAAUUUCCAAGUUGGGACAAGCACUUUCCGUUUUUGUUGUGUGUAAGACAUGCCAUCGUUGAAUUUUUUUACUUUUCCAGAGCUCACCGUGUCAUGAAGUCUCCACUAAACUCAGCCUUCAUUAGCUGAGCUAAUGAGACCCUCUGACAGAGGUGGGAGGUGCUCUCCUCAACCCUGUGAAAGCCCCAUGAUGUCCAGGACCUGGGCAUUGGUCCAUUUUGGGGCUUGGUGCAGCCUCCCUCAGGCUCACACCCCCAGCACACGCCCAACCUGCUGGCUGCCUCCUCGUGACCAGUCGCUGCUCUGGGAACCUGCCUGGGCUCAGAAGACUUGCUGGGGAGCUACCUCGGGCCUCUUCUGGCCUGGGCGUGUGCGUGCGUAGGAGAUCUUCACUUCCUAAGGACUGGAAAUCCAGGGCACUUGUCCCUGACACGUGACCCAUAUAAGCAGCCCAGAGUACAGCACCGAGGAACCCCCAAUGGCUUCAGCUGGAGAAGGCCCAGCACAGUUUUGCUGCUAGGGCAGCUCCCGUACCCUCGACACGCUCUUCUGAGCUCUGGUGUCACCUAGAAAGGAAGAGACACCGGUUGGGCCUUGGGAAGAGGCGCUGUACGUAAGAAGUGGACGAAACAGUUCCUCCCCCUCCGAGGAGCUUAAGUUCUAGUCGGGGAGACACGCAAAAAACACCAUAAUCCCCCAACGAAAUGCGCUUAGGAGCUUCGGGAAGAUCCAGAGUGCGGUUGACUCCAGGCCGCCGCAAGACCUACUCGACUCGGGCAACCCCGGGUUCCGCCCAGCGCGAGUUGCUAGGAGCUCGCCUCCGCGGCGGCGAGGGACUGUACCGGCUGGCCGAGUCUCGCGAGGAUCUUCGAGGUUUCGCGCGGGACCGCCCAUCGGUUGCCGGGAGACGCUGCGGCCUCCGUCGGGCGGGCGCCUCUGUCUGCAGGUCGCGGCGGGAAUCCACCACGAGAGCCAUGGCGCCCAAGAAGAAAGGGAAGAAAGGGAAAACCAAAGCUACCCCGAUUGUUGACGGGCUUGCUCCGGAGGACAUGAGCAAGGAGCAGGUGGAGGAGCAUGUCAGCCGUGUCCGCGAGGAGCUGGACCGUGAGCGUGAGGAGCGCAACUACUUCCAGUUGGAGCGGGACAAGAUCCAUACCUUCUGGGAGAUCACGCGGAGGCAGCUGGAGGAGAAGAAGGCUGAGCUGCGGAACAAGGACCGGGAAAUGGAGGAGGCUGAGGAGAGGCACCAGGUUGAGAUCAAGGUGUACAAGCAGAAGGUGAAGCACCUGCUGUACGAGCAUCAGAACAACCUGACAGAGAUGAAGGCUGAGGGUGCCGUGGUCAUGAAGCUGGCCCAGAGGGAGCACUGCGCACAGGAGGGUGCACUGCGCAAGGACAUGCGGGCGCUGAAGGUGGAGCUCAAGGAGCAGGAGCUGGCCAACGAGGUGGUGGUGAAGAACCUACGGCUGAAGCACAGCGAGGAGGUCACCAAGAUGCGGAAUGACUUCGAGAGGCAAGUGCGAGAAAUUGAGGCCAAGUAUGAUAAAAAAAUGAAGAUGCUUAGGGAUGAACUUGACCUGAGGAGAAAGACUGAGAUCCACGAGGUGGAGGAGAGAAAGAACGGCCAGAUCAACAUGCUGAUGCAGCGGCAUGAAGAAGCCUUUACGGACAUCAAGAACUACUACAACGACAUCACCCUCAAUAACCUGGCUCUCAUCAACUCCCUCAAGGAGCAGUUGGAGGACAUGCGCAAGAAGGAAGGUCACCUCGAGAGGGAGAUGAUGGAGGUGUCCGCGCAGAACAAGCGCCUGACAGACCCUCUCCAGAAGGCUCGGGAUGAAGUGACUGAGAUGCAGAAGAAGCUCAGGAACUAUGAGAGGGACAGACAGACCCUGGUUCGCACAAAAGCACGUUUGAAGGUUGCCGAGAAAGAGCUAAAGGACCUGCAGUGGGAACACGAGGUGCUGGAGCAGCGAUUUCUCAAGGUACAGCAGGAGCGAGAUGAGCUGUACAGGAAGUUCACCGCGGCCAUCCUGGAGGUGCAGCAGAAGGUGGGCUUCAAGAACCUGGUUCUGGAGCGGAAGCUGCAGGCGCUGAGCGCUGCUGUGGAGAAGAAAGAGGUGCAGAUUAAUGAGGUGCUGGCGGCCUCCACCCUGGACCCUGCUGCCCUGACCCUUGUGUCCCGCACGCUGGAGAAUGUUCUAGAAUCAAAGAACAACACUAUCAAGGACUUGCAGUAUGAGUUGGCCCGGGUCUGCAAGGCCCACAGUGACCUGCUGCGCACCUAUGAGGCUAAGCUCCUGGCCUUCGGAAUCCCUCUGGACAACGUGGGCUUCAAGCCUCUGGAGACGGCCGUGAUUGGGCAGACGCUGGGCCAGGGUCCCGCGGGGCUCGUGGGCACCCCAACGUAGUGCCCGCCUGGGACUGCUCCCUGGAUGACCCUCCCUUUCACCAAGGACAGGAGCGGUUUGUCUUUCUAUUUGUAUCGUCUGCAAAUGAAGUUUUCCUACAUUUGCUGUGUGUCCUGUUGCCUGGCUACGUGGAAGAGAGGCACCUCCAGGACCCGUGGUACCCUGACCACUUCCUUCCCUGCUGCCCUCCUUCCCACCUCGGGCCAGGGCAGCACCAGCCGAGCCCAGGAACCGCAGCAGCCUUGCAGAUGUCAGCACUGACUUUAUUGAUGCCUGAGACUCAGUGGCUACUGGAAAAUGGGGGGCCAGAAUCUCCCGCAGGGAAUGUGAACUGGUGCCCUCUGUUGAGGUGUCCCAGUGAGCUGUGGGGAUGGGAUUGAUGCUCACAGGCCAGCAGUUGUCCAGAGGAGGCGAUGGCUCAGCCACUAGCUUCCUCGAUACGUGGUGUAGGACCACGGGCUCAGCAGCAGGGGCACAUGGAACCUGUGGGUCUCGUUGGUGAUGGUGAAAACGACCUGAGAAGCAGAGAGGGCACCGGGACAGAGUGAGGGUCCGGUGCAGCACACAGGCAGCCCAGACUGUGGACCAGGGGCAAAAGUUAAGUGGGGCUGGAGCCCCGAGGGCCAGAUGAAGCCAGUGGAGAACUGGAAAAUGGUGAGGGCUGCGGAUGGGGCUGAAUCCUCCCCUGGAGAAAGCCCUUAGCUUGGGGAACUUGAAGGAUCCGCCCUGAACAGGGUCAGGUGAGUGCCUUUGUCCACAGGGGCUGAGUCACUUUUGGCCCUGCCCCACAGCUUUACCCAGGGACAGGGCAGGGAUGGGUGUGUUGUGGUAAAAUCCCUGGACACCUUUCUUCUGAGAGCUCAAAGCAGGUGAACUCACUGCUUGCCACCGCCCAGGGAGAGGUGGGACCAGCCUGCCCACUGCAGGAAUCUUGGUGAAUCACAGGCCUCCACCCCUCUGGCCCACCCCCGGCCCUCACCUCCACAUACGGGUAGAAGCUCUCCUGCCCCCUCUUCUUCCAGUAGCCCUCAGUGUCAAAGGACAGCUUGUAGGUGCCUGCCUUCAUCGGGCCUGGUGGCAGGAGCCCCGGGCAGCGGCCAUCCGAGUCGGUGUAGCUGGGGAGAGUGGAGUCGGAGGGAGUGAGGAGUCACCCCUGCCUGGCUCUCCAGGGUCGGUCGGCCCAUGGCCUCAGACGCCUCCACAACCUGAGUCACCGGGAAUGCCCUGCAGCAGGCCACGUUCUAGGGCCUGGGGUCUGGAGCAGCUCGGGGACACCACUGCAGUGUCUUUUUAGGGAACUCCAGUACAGAGAAGCAGAAAAGGAAAAAAAAAAUCUAUUCCAUGAGCAACAGUCCCUUUAUACUGGCAUAUAUUUUUUCUAGAUUUUCUCAAUGCAUAACUAUGCUUAUUCAUAAACUUGGAAAAAUACCCUAAAAUGGAUUAUUCUAUUCA